AUGGAGUACGACAAGUUGGGCAGGCAUCGCACGUAUCGGAGUUGUCGCAAGGGGGCAAGCCCCCACCGCUUGUGAGAACAUGAUGUCCGGGAACACACCGAGAGGUAUUUCUUUGGGAUCCACGUCGAAAACCCUUAUGGAUGGGCAGUCUUUCAAAACAACGACUUGGGACACCGGAAUUUGAGCUCUCUUCGUUCUCGCUACGUUUUCCAACCUCCACCCUUGUCUUUUUCUUUCUCGCUGAUGCUUCCAAGUACAAAAAAACAUCCGCGGCCGUCUCACAGCUAUGCAUAGCAACAUUCCAUAUGUCGUCCAAACCCCCCAAACAAGAAACACAUCGCGAGACCGUGGCCCAAUCACCGGCCGUACCAACACACAGGGCCGCUCAUGGAGCAUGGCACCACGUAACAUGACGCACGUGCGAAGCAUCAGGCAGCAAGGCACAUUAAUCGAUAAAAUAUAUGCUCAGCUCAUUAGC